GCGCCGGGUUGCUGGGCAACGGCGAGCGGCGCGGAGGCCGGGGACGGGGUCGGUGCCGGGAGCAGUGGAAGAAUUAAAGGAAUGUGAUAUGAUGAUAUAACUUGAUACAGCCAAGCAGCAAGUUUGCCUGACUCAGCAUGUCAAAAAACAAGGGCCGUUCAUUGAAACAAGGUAACUUAGCAGUCACUGCAGUUGCUUUACAAGAUCACAUCUUACAUGACCCUCAACUUCGAAAUCUUUCAGUAGCAGAUCAUGCCAAGACAAAGGUACAAAAGAGAGAGAACAGAUCCAAAUCUCUGAAAAGAGAUACAAAAGCAACAAUAGAUACUGGACUUAAAAAAACUAUACAAGGCCCUAAAGUGGAAGAUCCAGAAAAAGAAUAUGUUCUUGAUCCAAAACCACCACCAUUAACUUUAGCACAGAAGCUAGGCCUGUUCGAACCUCCCCCACCGCCACUAUCCCCAGAUGAAUGGGAAAAAGUGAAACAAAGAUCCAUCCUGCAAGGAGACUCUGUGCAGCCAUGCCCAAUAUGCAAAGAAGAAUUUGAACUUCGCCCCCAGGUGCUGCUUUCAUGUUCGCAUGUGUUUCACAGAGCAUGCCUCCAGGCUUUUGAAAAGUUCGCAAAUAAAAAAACCUGCCCUCUCUGUAGGAGGAACCAGUAUCAAACCAGAGUGAUUCACGACGGAGCCCGGCUAUUCAAAAUAAAGUGUGCGACGAGGAUCCAAGCUUGCUGGAGGGGACACGUGGUCAGGAAGUGGUACCAAGACCUGAGGAGAAAGGUACCUCCCACAGAUGCCAAGAUGAGAAGAAAAUUCUUUGAAGAAAAGUUCACAGAGAUCAGCCACCGCAUACUGUGCUCCUACAGCACCGACAUAGAGGACCUCUUCCAGGAAAUCGACCACUGCCUGGCCAUAAACCGAAGUGUUCUUCAGCAGCUGGAGGACCGGUGUGGCCAUGAGCUCACAGAAGAAGACUGGGAGAGGAUCCAGACCCAGGCUCUGCACCGGGAGACCUAUGAGUGUCCCAUCUGCCUCACCCCACUCCCAGCCAGCAGCGACGGUCACCAGGACCUAUCAGGGACACACUGCGGCCAGCCUUCCCGGGAGACAGUCCUCCUGUCCUGCUCACAUGUGUUCCACCACACGUGCCUCCUUGCUCUAGAGGAGUUCUCCUUGGGGGACAGUUCUCCUUUCCAUGCUUGUCCCCUCUGCCGCUCUUGCUAUCAAAAGAAAAUUCUUGAAUGUUGAAUUCAGUCAGGAAAAACUGUAUCAUUCCUGGGCAGCAAUGGGGUGG